GUUUUGUCCGCGGCAGUCGCGCCCAUCGGCUGCUCCUGGACCCCCUGGUUGCAUGCAGCCUGGACCAACACGGCUGCAUUGCCCCGCCCGGACACUCCCGCCAGCAGCACUGCUACGAGCAAACUGCGCUCACACUGCUGAUACGACACCACAACUACAGCACUUGCCUGCCCAGGGAGCACUUUGCCACAUCCUCAACUCGCAAGACUUCGUAUGACCCACGGGUCAGCUCCGCGCCCAUUGUCAUCGCCUCCAGACGCUACCGGCAACCCAAGCCAUACCGCCCGCUGCUGCAGUCGCAACCCGACUGCCGACCCGACCCCUCCAGCAACCCCUGGCCGUCCGAGACCUCCACCUCCAUCGCCAUGCCGUCUCUGAGGUUCAGGAUGGAAUUGUACGGCAGGGCGGUUGCUGAUUUCGCUGUACAAGCCGGCUGCUGUACAGGUCUGCAUGCACUCAUCCAAGCAGUGCUCUGGGCGCAGUUCCUGAUAGCUCUGUUGCGCGGCUUUGGCUUUCCAAGCUCCCCCUGCUACAUCUGCUGGGUCAACCGGCCGGCUAGGAACCCCACCCCACCUGGGGGCUCCCGGAACCGCUGCUUUGGCUCCAGCGGAGGGGGCGAAGGUGGGCUUGGGGCGCAUGGUAAGAACGGUGGCGGCAGUGCCAGCGGUAGCAAGGGCUUGUACGGCAACCUGCCGUUGCGACCGUUGCAGCAACUGCUGCUGAUGGGGUUUGUGAGCGUUGGAAUGGCGGUUGUGUCUUGGGCGGUUAUGGGAGUAUCAUGCGUUGUAGUGUGAUGAGAGGAGGUUCUACAAAGGGGGAUUGCGUUGCUGCUUGUGCGUCAGUAGCCACAACUGGGGACAACAGUUAAAUAAACUGCCGAGUACUGCACCGCAGGAGAGUGUGUUCCCUUCGCUACGUACCCGUUUGUGCUACCUUCGAAUGUGUGUGCAAUUUAAUGAUCGUGUGGACUUGGUCCAUUCAUAAUCGUUGACUUUGUCACCCAAUGGUGUGUCCUGGCAGUUGUGGGGGUGCAGUUUUGGCGGGCCUCUGUUUUUGACGUCUUCGAGCCUUCGUGGGGCCUCUGGUGCUGUACUGAGGUGUGCCGUACAUUUCGUCGAAAGCUGAGCGGGGGUUUUGGUUUUCUUUCAAUUUUCAUAUUGCUGACAUGUCCCGGCAUUUGGAGGUUACUACUACCGGUAGGUCAAUCCUGGUCCAACCAAGCUUAUUGCAGAGUGAAAAUAUGUUGUUAAACCGUUACAUGCAUGGCCCUUGGGGUUAGCAAUCUCGCUACCUUUUGUGUUGGAUUCAUCUUGCUCUAAUACGGUAUCGGUACGUAGACAACGUGUUUGUUUGUUUGCCGGUU